AUGGCUUCUUCAUCCAAGAUCGUUCAAUCUACUAUGGAUUACUCUUUUCUCCGCAAUCUCAACAAGCCUUACCUCAAGAUCAAGGCUGGAAAGGGGAAUUACCUUCAGACCACCGAUGGGCGGAAGGUGUUCGAUGCAGCUACUGGUGCAGCUGUCGCUUGUCUUGGCUACGGAAACGAAAAAGUCAUCAAGGCGGUCAAUGACCAGAUGAACACCGGAAUUGCCUACCUUGCUGCCGCAUUCUGGCGCAACGACGUUGUAGAGGAAUUAUGCCAGGAACUCAUUAACGGUACCGAUGGGAAAAUGGCCGGAGUCUACUUAACGGGAUCAGGUUCCGAGGCUAUGGAAGCCUCUCUCAAGCUAUCUCGUCAAUAUUUCUACGAACAAGACAAGCAAACGCCCCGUGUCAACUUCAUCGCCCGCGAGAGAUCUUACCAUGGGAACACACUUGGGGCUUUGAGUGUCUCAGAAUUUCGUACCCGAAAAGAACCUUACACUCCAUACCUCAUGCGGGAAUAUGUUCAUCACAUUCCUUCAUGUUAUACUUAUCGUCAGCAACUAGACGGCGAAUCCGAUCCUGACUUUAUUAGUCGGAAAGCAAAGGAACUCGAGGAUGAAUUCCAGCGGCUAGGACCCGAGACAGUCGCCGCCUUCAUCGCUGAACCAGUUGUGGGCGCCGCCCUUGGCUGUGCUCCCUAUGCCCCAGGCUACCUCAAGGCUAUGAAGAAGGACUUGGUGGCGGGUAUCAACCCAUCGCUUCUGUGA